AACCCAGCCCAUCAAAAUAACUCCAACCCUACACCCUUUCUUAUAUAUGCGUCUCACUUCUCAUUUACCCUCCUUUCAUCGUCGUCCCCAAAACCCUAGCCGCAGUCACUUCCAUAGGUGCUUAGCAGCCAAUUCAUUCUCGAAGCCAUGGCGGAAGUUGAAGCUGAUGUUGCUACCGGACAGCCAAGGAAGAGAACGUUCAAGAAGUUCAGCUACAGAGGAGUAGAUCUGGAUUCUCUUCUUGACAUGUCUACUGAUGAGCUUGUUAAGCUUUUCCCUGCUCGUCCUCGCAGAAGGUUCCAGAGGGGUUUGAAGAGGAAGCCUAUGGCUUUGAUCAAGAAGCUGCGCAAGGCUAAACGUGAGGCCCCACCUGGUGAGAAGCCGGAGGUUGUGAGAACACAUUUGAGGAACAUGAUCAUUGUUCCUGAGAUGAUUGGAAGUGUUAUUGGAAUCUACAAUGGAAAAACUUUCAAUCAAAUUGAGGUCAAGCCUGAGAUGAUUAGUCACUACUUAGCUGAGUUCUCCAUCUCAUACAAGCCUGUCAAGCACGGUAGGCCCGGUAUUGGUGCUACUCACUCUUCAAGGUUUAUUCCAUUGAAGUGAUUCAACCAGAGCUUGUCUUCAUGUUUUCUAGUAAUACUAGUACUUUUGUUUUACUGCAAUUUUGAUGAGAACAGUGGAUACUGAAUGGUUCUUUGUUUGAGACUAGUAAUUUCCUGAUACAUUUCAACAUUUCAAUUAUUGUGUUUUAUCUA